CACGUGGGACUUCCUCCUUCAGCAAAGCGUGCGCGGAUCUCCCGAAACCCGGUCCGCAUUUUAAAGAUCCAAGAACUUUAAUUCCGCACAAACAAAAUAAUCUGAGAAUGACGAAGGUGAAGAAGGAGAAAAGUGCGGAGAGAGCGGCGGAGGCGGAGGAGGAGGCGGCGCCGCAGGAGAGGAGCUACCACGAGCUGAUCGCAAACGUGAACCCGAUCGCCCAACCGCUGGCGUCCAAGAAACUGAGCAAGAAACUCUACAAAUGUGUCAAGAAGGCGUCUAAAGUGAAACAGAUUCGUCGAGGAGUCAAAGAAGUUCAGAAGUUCAUCAACAAAGGAGAAAAAGGGAUUGUGGUUUUGGCUGGAGACACUCUGCCCAUCGACGUCUACUGCCACCUCCCUGUGAUGUGUGAGGACCGCAGCCUGCCCUACGCCUACAUCCCCUCCAAACUGGAUUUGGGAUCUUCGGCGGGAUCGAAGCGUCCGACCUGUGUGAUCCUGAUCAAACCUCACGAGGAUUAUCAGGAGCAGUACGACGAGGUCCUGGAGGAGGUGUCAGCCCUGCCCAAGCCCCUGUGACCAACGACUUGACCAACGACUUGACCAGGACUUGACCAGGACUUGACCAGGUCCAAACUUGAUUCUUAUAAAUGUAUAUUUUGCUGUAGUUUAUUUGUUUUAAUGUGUUUUUCUUUUGACCAAUGAGCUUUGAGUUUUUAUUAAAAAGAAACAAAUAUUACUGUAACAUGUUUUUGUAAAUAAAUAUAACCGUGAAAAACA